UAUAUUAGAGCGCGUCAGUGAGCCACUUGCGAUGAUCGAAGAAACUGUAAAACAAUAGGUGACUUGCAACUUUCGUAAUUUCCUGCAACUUUCCUAUUGCCUCACCAACAAUAACCAAAAUCAAAGUCUUUUCUUCUUCUCUAUAUAUUGCCAUCCAGUUGGCUCGGAUUUAUGAAGUGUUUCCUUUGCUUUUAAACCAUCGGUCUCUUUUCCUCUCAGAUCUCAGUCCUAUUCUUUUCCUUAGCAGUGAAGCAAUUUCUGAUAUGGAAUCAACAUGCGUAGAUACCUCUCUCCACCUCAACGUUGGUCCUCGGGACUCACAGGCUAUCUCGGCUGAAGAUUUGGUGCAAGAGUUGCAUCGUUUGAGCAGCGAGAAUCAGAAGCUCACCGAGAGCCUGACUCACAUGCGUGAGAACUGCAAGCUUUUGAAAAAGCAAUUGAGCCAAGCGAUGAUCAAGAACACUUAUAGUCCUGAAAGGGAUCCAGCUAAUCAAUCAUCAAAGAAGAGAAAGGCGGAGACGGAUGCCUGUAUCGAUAAUAUGAUUAGUAUUAGCGGCAAUACCGAGUGCAGCAACAUUACAGACGAAGAUUCGUCAUUCAGAAGGCCAGCCACUAAGGUUUCCAGAGUUCUGGUGCGAACCCAAGCAUCAGAUACUGGCUUGUAUGUGAGGGAUGGAUAUCAGUGGAGGAAAUAUGGUCAGAAGGUGACUCGAGAUAAUCCUUCUCCGAGAGCUUAUUUCAGGUGUUCCUUUGCACCAAGCUGCCCUGUGAAAAAGAAGGUGCAAAAAAGUGCAGAAGACCCAACAGUGUUGGUGGCAACCUACGAAGGAGAGCACAACCAUGGGCGACAUGGAUCUGAAUUACCAUUACUAGCCUCGAACCAGAGCCAAGACGAUGGAGCCCGUGAUUCAGGAUUAAUGGCUGAAAAUGGUGGAAAGUCAACACAGCAGUGUUUGGUUCAACAAAUGGCUACUUCUUUGACCAGAGAUCCCAACUUUACAGCAGCACUUGCCACCGCCAUUUCCGGAAGAAUUUUAAACCUUGCGUCUAAUUAAUAUCAUCGAACAUCAUCUCGUGUAUUUAGUUAGUUCAUCACAAUAUAAUGCUUCGGAGACUGCGCGAGUAGGGAUGUAUAAAUUUACUAUUACUUAAUUAUGAUAGCAAACAUUCUUGUGUUA